UAUAGUUGUGAUAUGGAAGGCAAAAGUCAGUUUCAAACAAAACAGAAAAAUCAGGAGGAAAAAAUGCUUACUGUGAACCCACACAUGGCUUUUACUCGACAUCAGAGACUCAAUACAGGAGAGAGACUGAAUGAACUUAAAGGAUGUGAGAAAGCCUUCAUUUCUGCCUCAGACCACACUCAACAUGAGACAGUUCACACUGAUGAGAAAUUCUGUGAAGAUAAGGAUCUUGGGAAGACAUUUAUUCCUGAUUCAGAAUUUCAGACAGUUCAUACUGGUAAGAAAACAUAUGAAUGUGAAGAAUGUGGCCAGGCUUUUAGUUUGCAAUCAAGCCUUACUGGUCAUAAGAGAAUUCAUACUGGGGAAAAAACUUUUAAGUGUAAAGAAUGUGAAAAGGCAUUUAGAUGUCAUUCACAUCUUAGUUUUCAUAAGCGAAUUCAUACUGGUGAAAAGUCUUAUGGAUGUAAGGAAUGUGGGAAGGCAUUUAGUUGUGGCUCAGGACUUAUUCGACAUCAGAGAAUUCAUACUGGUGAAAAGCCCUAUGAAUGUAAUGAUUGUAGAAAGGCCUUUACUCGUGGCUCAGACCUCACUCGACAUCAGAGGAUUCAUACUGGUGAAAAACCCUACAAAUGUAAUGAGUGCAGAAAGGCCUUUAGCCAGCCAUCCCAUCUUAUUAAACAUCAUAGAAUUCACACUGGCGAAAAACCUUAUGAAUGUAAGGAAUGUGGGAAAACUUUUACUUGUGGCUCACACCUAAGUCAACAUCAGAAAGUUCAUAUUGGUGAGAAAUCACUUCAGUGUAAGGAAUGUGGGAAAUCCUUUAGUUCUCGCUCAGAUCAUCGUCAACAUCAGUUAAUUCACACUAGUAAGAAACUAUGUGAGGACAAGGAAUGUGGGAAGUUCUCUCUUUCUGAUUCAGCUGUUACUCAAUAUCAGACUAUUCACAAUGAUAAGAAAAAAUAUGAAUGUAAAGAAUGUGGCAAAACUUUUAGUUUACGUUCCAGUCUCAGUGGUCACAAGAGAAUUCAUAGUGGGGAGAAGCCUUUAAAAUGUAAGGAAUGUGGGAAGGCCUUCAGGUUUCACUCACAACUUAGUAUCCAUAAACGAAUUCAUACUGGUGAGAAAUCAUAUAAAUGUAAAGAAUGUGGGAAGGCCUUUAGUUGUGGCUCAGACCUUACUCGACACUGGAGAAUUCAUACUGGUGAAAAGCCCUAUGAAUGUCAUGAAUGCAGAAAGGCCUUUAGUCAGCGAUCGCAUCUUAUUAGCCAUCAGAGAAUUCACAUGAGUGGAAAACCUUUUGAAUGUAAAGAGUGUGGGAAAAAUUUUGCUCGUAUUUCACACUUAACUCAACAUCAGAACAUUCAUAAAUGUGAGAAAUCCCAUGAAUGUAAAGACUUUCAUAAAAAAGCCAUUAGUUCUGGUACAAAACAUAGUCAACAUCAGUUAAUUCACACUGGUGAGAAAUUCUGUGAUGAUAAGGAAUCUCAGAAGAUGUUUGUUCCUGACUUGGAACUUAUUCAAUCUCAGAUACAUCAUGAUAGGAAAACGUAUACAUGUAAAGAAUGUGGCAAGUGUUUUAGGUCAUGUGCAAGUCUUAGUAGUCACAACAAAAUUCAUACUGUGGAGAAAGAUUUAAAGUGUAAGGACUGUGGGAAGGCCUUUGGUUAUGGGUCAGACCUUACUAGACAUCAGAGGAUUCAUACUGGUGAAAAACCUUAUGAGUGUAAUGACUGUAGAAAGGCCUUCACGUGUGGCUCAGACCUUACUCGCCAUCAAAGAAUUCAUACUGGUGAAAAGCCCUAUCAAUGUAAAGAAUGCAGAAAGUCCUUUAGUCAGCAUUCACAUCUUAUUAACCAUCAGAGAAUUCACACUGGUGAAAAACCUUAUGAAUGCCAGGAGUGUGGGAAAGCUUUUACUCGUGGCUCACACCUAACUCGACAUCAGAAAAUUCAUACUAAUGAGAAAUUGUAUCAAUGGAAGAAAUGUGGAAAGGUCUGUAGUUCUGCCUUAGAUCACAAACAGCAUCAGGUAGUUCACACUGGUGAAAAAUUAUACGAAGAAAAAGAAUGUGGGAAAACCUUUCUUCCUGACUUGGAAUUUACUCAAUGUCAGACUUUUCACACUGAUAAGAAAACAUAUGAAUGUAAAGAAUGUGGCAAGACUUUUAGUUUGAGAUCAGGUCUGUCUUGUCACAGGAGAAUUCAUAGUGGGGAGAAACCAUUAAAAUGUAAGGAAUGUGGGAAAGCCUUUAGAUUUCAUUCACAACUUAGCAUCCACAAGCGAGUUCAUACUGGUGAGAAAUCCUAUGAAUGUAAAGAAUGUGGGAAGGCCUUUCGCUCUGGCUCAGAUCUUAUUCGUCAUCACAGAAUUCAUACAGGCGAAAAGCCCUAUGAAUGUACUCACUGUGGAAAAGCCUUUAGUCAAAGAUCACAUCUCAUUAAACAUCAAAGAAUUCACAAUGGUGCAAAACCAUAUGAAUGUAAGGACUGUAGGAAAGCAUUUACUCUUGAGUCACACCUAACUCAACAUCAAAAAAGUCAUACUGGUAAGAAAUCACAUGAAUUUGAGGAAUAUGGAAAAUCCUUUAGUGCUCCCUCAGACCAAACUCAACAUCCAUUAAUUCACAAUGCCAAGAAAUUCUGUGAAGAAAAGGAAUGUGGGAAGACCUUUCUUCCUGAUUCAGAACUUCCUCAGCAUCAAACUAGAGUUCACACUGGUGAAAAGCCCUAUGAAUGCAGUGAAUGCAAAAAGGCCUUUAGUCAGCAAUCACAUCUUAAUAACCAUCGGAGAAUUCACACUGGUGAAAAACCUUAUGAAUGUAAGCAGUGUGGGAAAGAUUUUACUCGUUGUGCACACCUAACUCAACAUCUGAAAAUUCAUACUAAUGAGAAAUUGUGUCAAUGGAAGGAAUGUAGAAAGGUCUUCAGUUCUGCCUCAGACCAUAAUCAGCAUCAGGUCGUUCACAGUGGUGAAAUGUUACAUGAAGAAAAAGGAUGCGGGAAAACCUUUCUUCUUGACUUGGAACUUACUCAAUGUCAAACUUUUCACACUGGUAAGAAAACAUAUGAGUGUAAAGAAUGCGGCAAGACUUUUAGUUUGAGAUCAGGUCUUACUUGUCACAGGAGAAUUCAUAGUGGGGAGAAACCAUUAAAAUGUAAGGAAUGUGGGAAAGCCUUUAGAUUUCAUUCACAACUUAGUGUCCACAAGCGAGUUCAUACUGGUGAAAAAUCCUAUGAAUGUAAAGAAUGUGGGAAGGCCUUCAGCUGUGGAUCAGACCUUACUCGACAUUAUAGAAUUCAUACUGGAGAAAAGCCCUAUGGAUGUAGUGAAUGCAGAAAGACCUUUAGUCAAAGAUCACAUCUCAUUAAACAUCAGAGAAUUCAUAAUGGUGCAAAACCAUAUGAAUGUAAGGACUGUAGGAAAGCAUUUACUCUUGGGUCACACCUAACUCAACAUCAGAAAAUUCAUACUGGUGCUUUGUGGCACCUCCAUUCUAGGGACAUUCCCUCAGCUGAUGAGAGAACUAUGUGGCUCAACCUCUGUCAGUCUAUGUCCUCCACUAACUGGAGGAACUGUAGAGAGAAGGCUGAGGGACCCUGGAAUCCAGAAAUGAAAUCAGUUACCUUUGAGGAUGUCGCUCUGAGCUUUUCUGUAGAGGAGUGGGCUUUGCUGGAUCCUUUCCAAAAGAAGCUCUACAGAGAUGUAAUGUGGGAAACCUUCAGGAACCUGGCCUCUAUAGAAAUCAAAUGGAACACAGACUCUGAACAUAAAUAG